UGGGCCUGAAAAUACUUCGGAAUUGAAAACAAAGCCACCAUUUGCUUGGGGCUAAUUUGGGUGUGGGAGUGUGCCUGUGAAAUUGAUACCUGUGUGUGUGUAUGAUUCUGACGCGUCAACAAAUACACAUGACACUAUUAAGUGCUAAUUGGCCAGGCGGAAGUGCAAAAAGUUUAGAUGUGCGUGUGUGAGACCGUUAUGUAUGCCAUAAAAUUCUAGUGGCACAGUUUGCGUUGGAAACCCGUUAAUGCUGACUCGUUUGCCUUGCUCCAAUUUGCUCGAAAAAAGCGAAAACUCAUCUAGCCAGCAAACUCAAGAGCAACAACAACAGGUUAAUGCUUCUCAAUCAGCUGUUUGCCGGGCUCUCUGGCUCUCCUUUUUGAUCGACAGCGGACAUCAGUGGCUCUCAAAAUGUAGCUCUGGCAAGUGAAUGUAAAACUGCACCGAAGAUGCAUUUCAUUUGAUGUAAGUUCUUUUGUACUCUUCCCAAAUAAAUGAAGCAACCUAAAUCAGGUUUAUUUGCGGUAUGCCUGCUGUCUGCCUGUGUUUGUGCACACUUUGCAUAUUUAUGACCAAACUGGUUCUUCGUUUGGCAACGGAACAUCUUUCACUCUUUCCAAGAACAACAUUCUCCUCCGGUCAUCGGUGGUUACAAAAUUUACGCAACAAGCGGCGAUCGCGGUCGCUGGCCUCUCCACUCAACAAGUUUGCUAAAACCCCCAAAAAAAUAGCAGGUGAAAAAAUAAGACAAACACCGAAGCUAUAAGUACGCUCAGAAAAUAAUGAUGUUAAAGGGAUACAUUCUUUUUUAUUCCAUUGAGGCAAAUUAUUUGAAAAGGAAUUUUUAGAAGGAAAGCUAAAAGUUUUUAACAGAUUAUUAUGUAAUAAACAUUCACACAUAUAUAGAAUCAAUCCAGUUUAAUAUUAAUCGUUUGACUCUAAAGAUUUUUAAUAUUUUCUUCGUAAUAUAAUACCUUAUGAAAGAGUAUAAGACAAAGCCGAACCCGCUGUCACCCAUUUUGGAAACCAGAUACAGAUACGGGGACAAAGACAGAUAUACAGAGCCAACUACAGAUGCUCGCUGGCUGCUGGGAAGAGUCGCUUCAGUUGAGUGCCUCCAUUCCCCCAGAGCAAACCGUUCCCGCCAGAAGAAAGUAAGAAAACGCAAGAAAUGCGCAGUGGGCUAACGCUUCGUCCAAUGCUGGUGGUGCUUCUAGUGGGUCACCUAGUGGCUCCAGUGGUGCCAGCUAACCUACUGACCAGUUAUCUGCCCGCCUCCAUGCAGGCCUUGGCAUACUAUAUAGACUUGCUGCAGUACGAGCCACUAUCCAGCACAACAGUGGAGCCUCCUUUCAGUGCGGAUGAUGAAGGAGUGAAAUCAACCACCGCCAAUCCGCGACCAUCCACACCGUUGCCCACGAGAAUGAAAACCUCUACAACAAGGCGACCGAUUGGAGCAGGUGUGUCUGGAUCUGGUGGCAUGGGCUGGUGGCAACCGCCAAGUUGGUGGGAGACCCCGCAUAGAACUUCCACUACCGAGAGACCCACAUCCCCACCCACUUUGCCGCACCGUCCGGCAAUUUUCGCACCAGCCACCCCGCCGGAAAAGUCACUUGAGGGCAACGAUCUAUUUGCAGAAAUCGGAGAUGAUGAGGACUUUGAUGACCUGCCUUUGUCUUUGAUCCGUGAUAUUCAAAACGAGCGCUACGACUUUACCAACGAUGUGGAGUCGCUGGAUAACUUUUUGCGCCUCUACGACGAUAAUUACGGAAGGGCAGCUUUUGGUUCUGAGUCCGCGAUGGAUCGAUGGAGUACCGCCUCGAUAGCUGGCAAAAAGAGGGUUCCCCCCACAAAGCCCUACGUGGAUUUCCUGCUGGUUUACGAUCUGCUAAAGCGCGAUGCCAAGGCGGCGAGUCUGAGCAAGUAUGAGGGAUAUUCCGAGGAUCUGCUGGUGGAGCUGCACGCGUUGUCCCAGGUUUCUGCCGCCAGACAAUUGCAUACUCUCUUUAAAAGGAUGCUGGACCGAGGCGAUAUCCAGCGCAGUGACGUGGUGGCCCGCGUCCAGGGAAUCGCCAAAGAUCUGGGGAAUCCCAAAAGCGCCACUUCCAAGGCAUUGACUUUUAUUCCCAGCAUGCAGUUUUUACCUUAAGCUCCUAGGAUAAGUCACAAUAAAGUCGACCUUACAAUUGUGUGUGCUCUUUGAUAAACUUGAAUUUUUGUUUUAGGAAAUAGUUAACUUAAAUCAUAUUGACCCAAGCAUUGAUAAAAUAAUUUUUAUUAUUUAUUUGUGCCUAUUUUUUUAAAAACUUAGACAGUGUACAACAAUUUGUUAUAUCGCAUUCUUGUUCUAUCAUUGGAAAUUAGUAGCAUCGCAAUCUUGUUCUAUUAUUGGAGAUUAGUAGAACAGUGAAGAUUUUAAUACAAAUCAAAGCAAUUA